UAACUUGAUAUCUGUUUACUCUAGAGGGAGCGGGGUUUUGAGAAGCCAUCAUAAAUAUCCUGACCUAAUGCCUUAGCAGCCAUAAGAAGGGAAAGAAUGUACUUGCCUGAAGAUAACGUUUGGGAUAUUUAAAGCUGCAGGCACACGGAUCUCCUCUGCAGGCAAAAUCCCUCAGAGCCUACGCAGGACAGCCUUGUACGGACUACUUCAUUCCACUGUAACGUGGUGGCUGCCCCUUCUCCGAAAUGGCAGGUGUGAGCAGCUGUUUAAAGUAUUCUAUGUUUUUCUUCAACUUCUUGUUCUGGGUAUGUGGUACACUGAUCUUGGCGCUGGCCAUAUGGGUGAGAGUAAGCAAAGACGGAAAAGAGAUCAUCACGUCCGGAGACACUGGCACGAACCCCUUCAUUGCUGUGAAUAUCUUGAUUGCGGUUGGGUCGAUCAUCAUGGUUCUGGGUUUCCUGGGAUGCUGUGGAGCUGUGAAAGAAAGCCGCUGCAUGCUUCUCUUGUUUUUUAUCGGCUUACUCCUGAUUCUGAUUCUGCAAGUGGCAGCAGGCAUCCUAGGGGCCGCUUUCAAACCUGAGUACAACCGAAUUCUGAAUGAAACGCUGUAUGAAAAUGCUAAGCUUCUGUCGGAGGACACCAAUGAGGCAAAAGAGUUUCAGAAGGCCAUGAUUGUGUUUCAGACAGAGUUCAAGUGCUGUGGCUUGGAGAAAGGAGCUUCCGACUGGGGAAAUAAUUUUCCAGAGGCAAAAGAGUCAUGUCAAUGUACAGGAACUGGCUGUGGCAAUUAUCAGGGAAAUUCCGUUUAUCCAAAGACCUGUCUUUCUUUGAUUAAAGAUCUGUUUGAAAAGAACAUUAUUAUUGUCAUUGGAAUUGCCUUUGGACUGGCAGUUAUCGAGAUUCUCGGUUUGGUGUUUUCAAUGGUGCUGUACUGCCAGAUUGGAAGCAAAUGAAUCUGCGGACUUACCUAGUCAUCAUAAACACUAUUUGAGUUUUUGCUUUGGCUUUGUGACUUUAAAUACUCAAAUACUGUAAAUAAAUGUCGUAUUGACAUGUCUUACUUAGGCAGACUACAGAUAUCUUCCCAGGUAUUCACUGUAUUUAACUGUGAAGGAUAUAAUGCAAACGGUUGUAUACAUUUUUUCUCACAAUAAAAAGUGUUGGUGUUGAU